CUUCCCAAGUAUCAGGAUUUGCAAACUAAGGGUCAACGUAAUCUCAGUAAGGCCCUUAUAGCAACAAGCUAGAACUAAAUCGAAGUGAAAUUUGGCCUUCGGAGGCCAAAUUUAAUCCAAAUAUAGAACGUGGCAGCUGAAUCCAGAGAAGACAAGGAAUUAGUUGAAAGAGAGGUCCGGGCCAGCCAAAUCCAAGAUUUCCGGGGACACAACGGUUUACUAAAGAUGAGCUAAUCUCCAGGAUUUCCACCGGAGCAAAACCGGCAGCGAUUGCAACCGUUUCGAGCAAAAAUGUGACCGUUAGCGCGCGGGUUCGCCUGUGUGAAAGAAUCUCUAGAGGGUCAAUCACUGCCUCUCUGUAUUCUAUCUGUACUUCGGUCAGUCGUUCCUCCUCACCUGAUCCUUCUUCCUCUCUCGCUCUCUCCGUCUCUCUUGUGCGAUCUUUUGCUCCUCAAUCCUCUGAUCUUCGUCUGAGAAGCUUGGAGUCCAAGAGAGGUCGCUGGGACGACAAUGCUGCCGCCGGGCUUCUUGUUCAGACCGAGCGACGAGGUUCUCCUCGUCACCUACCUCAAGAACAAGUUACUUCAGUGGCCUCUUCCCUGCGAUGUUAUUGUGGAGGCUGACGUCUAUGGAUGCCACCCCCAGGACUUGGCUUGUAAUCAUCUUGUGCUUCUCCAUUGUCUUCUUUUUUGAUUCACGGUUUCUAACCCUUUCUUUGAGUUUUCUUGGGUUGUUUCAGUGGAGUAUCUCAUGGCAAACAGGGACUUCGAGUGGUUCUUCUUCACUUCUACCCCUCGGAAGCAUCCAGGCGCAAGCGAAACCAGCCGUGCAUCUCGGCGCGCAGGCCUGGGACGAUGGAAGGCCACGAAAGGUGUCAAGAACGUGGUGGAUUCCAAGAAUAACACCAUUGGGUCGAAGAAGAGUUUCUGUUACAUGGAACAGAACUCGGACGGUGGCGAGAACAAAAGUAUCUGGUUGAUGGAGGAGUUCUCUAUGCAGAACCUUAGAAGGAGAGGUAGUGCUGGUGAGAUGAGGGACACAAAUGAGUUGGAUGACUGGGUCAUCAGCAAGAUUUACUUGACUCCAAAAGCUCGCAAGGCUCACGCUGAUUUGAAACAAUUUGCUAGUGCUACAUUGGAACCCGCUUUCAAAAGAAGAAGGAUAGAGCUAGAAUACAUGAUGGUGCCACCUGGAUUUAUUUUCCAGCCAACGGAUGAGGAGCUCUUGGAUUUCUUCCUCAAGGAGAAGCUCCUCCAUCAGCCACUUCCAUGCGACAUAAUCAAAGAAGCCGAUGUCUAUGGAAACCACCCUAGCAACCUUACUGGUUCCUAA